AUGGCUCCCCCCAAGACUGCGCAGUUCGGCACUUGGCAGAGCCCCAUCAACGUAGAGACCAUAACUGCUGAGAGCACCAACAUCAUAGAAGUAGCCGCAACUACCGAUGGGAAAAUAUUCACCAUCGAAGCACCGCCGAGCGUUGAUGGACGAUGCACCAUCAUUGAGUACCACCAAGGCCAGAGCCGUGAGAUACUGCCGGCCGACUACAGUGCUCGGACUGCCGUGCAUGGCUAUGGCGGAGCUGCGCUAGCAACCACCAGCAAAGGCGCAGUCAUCUUUGCAGACUGGAAGACGAAAGGAGUCUACUCGCUCGAUCCCGCUACGAAGGACGUGGCGCUGGUGGUGGAUGCAGACCCUCAGGUGUUCUUGGCCGACUUUGACGCUCAUCCGCUCCAUCCGGAGUGGAUUAUAGCCAUUUGCGAGGAUCACCAUUCAAAGCCCGAGACGAACUCUCUGGUGGCUUUGAAUGCUGAGAACAACACCGUGCAUGUACUCGCUUCAGGUGCCGACUUCUAUUCGGCCCCUCGGUUUAGUCCUGCUGGAGACCGCAUCUGCUGGAUCCAAUGGAACCACCCGGACAUGCCCUGGACAGGCACGAGAUUGUUCGUUGCGUCCUGGAACGGAUAUAAGAAGUUGACUGACGUGACGGAGAUUGACGGCGAGGCCCGCAACGUGAGCAUCAGUCAACCGAGAUGGGGACCCGAUGGAACAUUGUUCUAUACCAGCGAUCGCUCCGGCUACUGGCAGCUACAAGCCAUGCGUCAAGCAUCAGAUGGCCCUCAGCCUAUCGUCAUUGAUGGUCUUGAGAAAGGAGAAUUUGCUGCGCCGGAAUGGCUCAUUGGCAGCUCCACCUUUUUCUCGCUCACUGCUGAUACUAUCGUUGCUACUUGGACCAAUAAUGCACGAGAGAUGCUUGUUUCGAUUGAUCUAUCCGCGUCCAAAUACACCGUAUUAUCAGAUGCACUCACCGGCAUGUUUGGUAGUGCCGUAAAGCGACUCUCCGACACAAGCUUUGCCGUUAUCGCAGCGAGCCCAACUGCACCCAAAGCGCUCUACCACGUCGAGCUAACCCAGUCUCUUCCCAAACUCACUUCCCUCAAAUCAUCUCUGCCAUUAGACAUACCAGAGGAAUUCUAUUCGCGCGCAGAGCAUAUUUCGUUCCCACGAACCGAAGGCCCAGGCCAUCUGAAUACAACUUCGCAUGCUUUCUUUCUCCCACCCCAGAAUGCGAAUUAUGUCGGGACACCAGACACUCUUCCACCUCUGAUCGUGGAAAUGCACGGUGGACCAACCUCCCACACAAACCCUGGCCUGGCACUCACUUACCAAUACUAUACAUCUCGCGGCUAUGCCGUAGCUCUUGUCAAUUACGCAGGAUCUUCAGGCUAUGGACGAAAGUACCGCGAUCUCCUUGACGGAGUAUGGGGCGCUUUAGACCCAGCCGAUGCAGCAAGUUGCGUCGCGUAUCUCGUCGAAACAGGCCGAGUGGAUGGAACCCGCGUGGGUAUCAUGGGUGGCAGUUCCGGUGGUCAUGCUGCACUAGAAGCUAUCUGGAUGUUCCCAUCCGUCUGGUCCGCCGCAGUGAGCCGCUAUGGCAUUAGCGAUGUCGAAGUCCUCGUUGAAGACACCCACAAGUUCGAGAGCCACUACGCCUUCCGCUUGCUGUUUGGCGACAACGUCCCGGACGACGAGGAGGAAAGGCGUCGCGUGUACCGAGAGCGUAGCCCGCGUUUCAAUGCUGAGAAGAUUAAGGCGCCAGUGUUGCUUUUGCAAGGAAGUGAGGAUAAAGUGGUCCCCCCGAAUCAGACCGAGAUGAUGGUGCAAAGCAUCACCAAGAACGGCGGAAUAGCGAAAAUGACGAUUUUCCAAGGAGAGGGACAUGGCUUUCGAGGAAAAGAAAAUCAACGCCUGGCUCUGGACGAGCAGGAUCAGUGGUGGCAGAAGUACCUGGUUCGUGCGUAG